AUGGCCAUGAAAGUCUUGGAAGAGAACACAGAAAGGUCAAUGAAAUGUAACAUUUUCUGGAAUGGUGAGUUUGGAUUUGAAGUGAAGGAAGGAUCAGGUGCAAGUGAAGUAAAGCAUUUGGUGGACAUCAAUAGGAAAACAUGCACGUACAGAGCUUGGAUGUUAAAAGGCAUACCAUGUGCUCAUGCAGUUGCUGCCCUGCAUUAUAAAAAUCUGGAGCCGUUGAACUAUAUUUCUCACCAGUACAGUAAUGCCACUUACAUGAAAACAUACAGUUACUUUCUUCAGCCUGUCUUGGGUAUGAAUAUGUGGCCAGAGUCACAAAACCCAACUCUUAUACCACCUCAUGUCAAGAAGAUGAUGUCAGGGCCAAAUAAGGGUCAUAACAAGAGGGGGUGUCAUAAAGCUGCUGGAAGUAAUACUGCUGCUACUUCACCAAGUUCUCUGCCUGCAAGUGUUGGUAGUUCAAAGCCACCAACGCAAAGUACUGGAAGAGGAAGG